AUGGAACAAUAAGCCAUAAAUAUAAUGUUUUGGUAGAAUUUAGGAGAUUUAUCAGCACAAUUUAUUGUUAUGAUUAUAAAAAUUGUUUAUUAUAUUAUAAAAUAAAAAUUUAGAAUGCAAAGUAAAUAAAUUAUUAAGAUGAAUAGAUUAUAAACUAAUAACAAAGAAGGGAGAGGGCACAUUUUCAGAAGUUAUAAAAGCUUAGUCAAUAAAAACAAAUUAAUUGGUUGCUAUAAAAUGUAUGAAACAAGUUUUUUAAACAAUUGAUCAAGUAUUAAAUUAUUUCUAUUUUUGGUUAACAAAUUGAAAGAGAUAUAAGCAUUAAGAAAGUUAUAAAACCAUGAUCAUAUUAUAAAAUUGAUUGAAGUGUUAUAGUAAACUUGAUAAAUAUAAUUUAGUGAUGAACCUA